AUGUCUUCAGUUCAUCCACUGAGAGAAUCACUUCUCAGCCACCCAGCCGCUCUAAUGGAAGAACAAGGCCCUUUAUGCAAUGACCAUAAGUCGAACAAUCCCGUCUCUGCUUAUCGUCUGAUCUCCAACUUUGCCCAAAAGCUCACGAUGCCUCAAUCACAGCUUCCCACUAUCGAUCCCGAAACGACCUCAGCUAUCGCUGGUUCGGCCAACCAUGAGAUCAAACAGGCAGAGAAGGGCGCGAAGGGCAAGACCAAGCCCAAGCCCAAGCCCAAGACCCUCAAGCGAGUCCUUCCUUCCGGCCCAGGCUUCAAGAUGUACCAGAAUGCCGCCGAUCAAGACCUCAAGAUCCUUGAAAGCAUAGACGAGGGCAUGGCUUUCAAGAACGCGCUCCGCGCCUUGACCCCCAAUCUCGACAAGGAAGCCGUUGACCUCGCCAUUGCCAAGCUCUUCCUCGAAGCCGACAGACUCUCCGGUUAUAAAGAGCAUAUCACCGAGAACAGCCCCGGCCCCUUCUCCUCGCCGCCAAGCAAGCCCCCUGGAUCGCCGCUGCCAAGAAGGAUACGAAGCCCACCGUCGCGGCCAAGAAUCGUCGUCAAGUUCUCCCACUAUAGACAGCAACCCAUCGAGGAUUACGCGAAGGGGACGGCCACUGCCCUGGCUAUCGACAAGUUCCGCAAGGAGAAGCCCUGCGAUGAGCCCGAGGAGAUAUUUACCGACUUCACCGAAGAGCAGCGCAAGAAUAUGAUGGGCAAGACCAUCCGACGUGAGAAGGCUGACUGGGGUGGAAAGCACGUGGAUGAGAACUGCGAUACUCAGAUACUCAUUGUUAAAGGAUGGCAGUCGCCUACCGCAACGCCGGCAGCAAGAACCGAGCCGACCGCGGACCGCUACAACGGAUAUCCCAUCAUCAACGAGGAAACGAUCGACCUUGACGACACAUUUGACGAGGUGUCGGGCAUCCAUGAUAACGAUUUCUUAAUUAUCUUUUAG